GACCUCCUUGCAGGUCCCGAGAUCAUAUCAGCUGAUGAAAUCGCCGAAGCAUUUGUUGCCCUCGAAGCACAGGAGAAUUGACAACACGAAGGUCCUUGAAGGGAAGGCAUUUGAUUUUGCCGAAUUGGAGCGAGUUGACCGAGGGAUAGUACCCCAAGCUGCUGUAGAUGAAGUUAAUGUCGUGGAUCAUGAUGGUGAGGAUGAUGGAUGAGACGAGGCGUCGUUGAUGUCUUCGGUAGGACUGUCACUGAUGUUGUAGAUAGGAAAAUCUCACCGCUAGAGUCAUGCCACUCGGCAGAACCGCUUAUUCU